AUGUCGGGAUCCAUGUCAACGAGCCCGGCUGCCACGCAGCCCGGCCUCAUUGACCACUCGCUCGUCGACUCGCUCAUCGACUUCUCCGACUACGACAACGUCGCAUAUCAAUCCCCAUCGCUCUCGCCCACCGGCUCGAGCAAGGCGCCAUUCACGCGGCCCGUCAAGACCGAGGCCACCCCGACGUCGCUGCUCUCCACCACCCAGCCGCUGAGCGGUCCAAGCCAUCAGUACGACCUCUACAAGCAACAGACGGGCAUCGUUCCCGGCGCCUUGGCGAGCACUCUUGCCAUCAACCAAAACAACACGCAGAUCCCGGCAUAUACGGACUUCAGCAUUGACUACUUAGGUAUGGGUAACACGGACGAGAUCUUCGACUUCAACACGGCCCCGUCGCUGGACUCGGCCAACACGCCCGACAUGGACAUGGAGUAUGAUUCGCCGUCGUCGGACCCCAACUUCUUCUUUGAGUCGACAGUCAACCCCAACUCCAUCGGUGGACAGGAGCCUGGUACCUUGCCGUCGCCGUCGGCCGUACCAAGCCAGACCAGCAACGUCGGUCGUCUCUGGCCUGGCAUGCAUCAACAGCAGGCCGCGGCCAAAGCCCAGGCCCAAGCUCAAGCCCAGCAACAACAAAGGCAGAGACAGAGGAUGCAGAGCCAGCAACCCGCCAAGCAACCCCAGAGGCCCAAGUCAUCGCAACCCAACGAUCCGCUGGUCGAGCAGAAGAUCACCCAGCUGCUCAACUCGAUGCGGGCAAAGUCUGGCGAAUCCGAUGGCUCGCAGGGCUCGCCUCAGAUGAAUCUGCCCCGGAUGAGGAAGGACGAGGAUGACAUGGACGAGGACGAGAAGCUCUUGGCAAGCGAAGAGGGCAAGAAGCUCAGCAGCAAGGAACGCCGGCAGCUAAGAAACAAGGUGUCGGCCCGCGCAUUCCGCUCCAGAAGAAAGGAAUACAUUACGCAACUCGAGGCCGAGAUUGCAAACAAGGUCACCGAGAAUGGAGACCUGCGCGCCCAGAACCGCGCAUUGGUGGACGAGAACAAGCGCCUGUCAGACCUGACACGGAUGCUUCUAUCGUCGUCGUCCUUCUCCAACUUCCUCGACCAGCUCAGCUCCAACCCCCAACAGACCCCUCAGGCACAACCGCAACAGCAGCAGCAGCCACAGCAAACCCAGCAGCAGCAAGAGGCCCGCCCGCUGCCCAAGGAUGUCAACCCGUACGCUGCCCAACAACAGAUGCAACACCAGCAGAUCGGCCUGGUGAUGAUCCCUGAGCAGACCAUGGACUUCUCCAUGCUCAACAUGGAUCACUCGGAAGGCUUCACGUACCAGCCGCAGGUGUUUACUGUCCUCGAGACUCCGGAGCUGACCAUCGACGCGUCCCUGCUUUCGGGCAAGACGACCAACUUUGUCGGCCAACAGUUUGACACCGAGGAGGAGAAGAUUGAGAUGCCCGUCAUCGAACGCCCGGCUAUUGUCGAGAAGGAGCAAGCGCCGGCACCGGCACCGGUGGACGAGGAGUUCGAGAACGACCCAAUGUUCGCCCUCUACCACGACUCGCCCGUCGCCGAGACGAUAAAACCCGUCGAGCUUGACACCGAGGGCUUCUCAGAUGUCGACAUCUUUGGUGGCAUCGAGCUCGAGAAGGCAUUCGCACGGUACGAGUUCGUCAACACCACCGAGGACGAGGUGACUGUCACCUUUUCCAUGGCAAGAGUACAACGCAUCAGCGCGAAUCUCGACAGUGUCAUGUCGAGGUUAGAGUUGUUGACAGUCGGCCUAUAA